CCUCUCUGUCUCUCUCUCGGAUCACGGAGGUGGAGGACCUCGGAGUUGUUGUUGUGGUUGUUCAUUUUUUUUUAUUAUUUAUUCCUGGUUUUGUCGGGAGAGCCGCCACCGGGCAUGGAGGAUGUAAAAGACCCGCCGACCGUGCACCGGUCCUCCUCCUUCAGCAUCAAGAGCCUCCUGCUGCCCUCCAAGUGCGAGCGUGCGGACUCCGCGACGGUCGCGAUCCACGGAGCCCCGUGUCUCUCCCCGGGCUCCGACUGCGAGAAGUCUCUGGACCCCCCGGAGGUGGACUCCGCGGCCUCCACGCUUCUAGAGCCGGAGAAACCUGGCAAGGAGGAGCCGGAGGAAGAGGAGGAGGACGGAGGGGGAGGCGGAGGCGGAGGAGGGGACGGCGGCAAGGCGACACCGGAGCAGAACACCGGCGGCGGCGGCAAAAACGGGAAGUAUGACAAGCCUCCGUUCAGCUACAACGCGCUGAUCAUGAUGGCCAUCCGGCAGAGCCCCGAGAAGCGGCUCACGCUCAACGGCAUCUACGAGUUCAUCAUGAAGAACUUCCCGUACUACCGAGAGCACAAGCAGGGCUGGCAGAACUCCAUCCGGCACAACCUCAGCCUCAAUAAGUGCUUCGUCAAGGUGCCUCGGCACUACGACGACCCGGGCAAGGGCAACUACUGGAUGCUGGACCCGAGCAGCGACGACGUGUUCAUCGGCGGGACCACCGGGAAGCUCCGCCGGCGCUCCGCCACCUCUCGGGGCAAGCUGGCGAUGAAGCGCGGGUUGCGCUUCGCUCCUCUCGGGCUGGGCAUCAACGAGCGGAGCAGCAACCCGCUGUACUGGCAGCUGUCCCCGUUCCUGUCCCUGCACCACCACCACCACCACCCGCACUACAACGGCUCGUCCGCCGGCUUCCUGAACCAGGCGGCCGGCUACGGCUCGCUGCUGCCCGCCGUGGAGCAGCUGAGUAACGGGGAGCUGGGCCGCUCGCUGCCGCUGGGCCUGACGAACAGUUACGGGAUGAGCUCGUCGCCGGUCGGGCUGCUGUCCGGUCAGCCCGGAUACUUCGUGUCAGGGAGCCAGCACUCGGCGGCCCCGCCGGGGGGUGGAGGCGGCCCGCCGCCCGCGGCUCCUCCGCCGCCUCCUCACCUCCCGCAGGGCGCUCCGGGCUUCGGCGGCUCCCCGCAGGCGCUGCUCUCGGACUCGCUCAGAAACAGCUCGCUACCGGCCUUCUCCCCCGGUGUGUCCGCGGGGUUCCCCGGAGUGCUGUCCCACCAAAAGAGGGUGACCCCUAACGCGUUCCUAAACUGACCCCCCCACGCACACACCCCCACACACCCUGGCUUCGUGGACUGCACCGGGACGAGGACGCACAGUUAAGGGCAAAUAGAAAGUGGUAAACAUCAGAAAUGUGUGUAUGAAUCCACAAACGAAGCGAGACUUCGGGCCACACGGAUGCGAUCACAGCUCGGCUUCAUCUUUACUGUAAAAGGGAGAAACUUUUGUUACCGCCGGUCGUCCAACUGUAAACUAGACUUGCCAAAGGUAACGCUAUAAGUAUAUUUCAAACUAUUUAUAUCUUGUACAAAGAUUUUCAGUACUUUGUUUGUCGUUUAUUUAUGUUUUGUAUUUAUUGUAUUUAAAUUCUAUUCGUCAGUGUUUGCGCUUCAGUAUUAAGGAAAACGAGGGUGGGGCUGGAAACACGCAGGGUGAAUAAUUAUUUAUGAAUUUUGAGACAAUCGAGGAGGAAAAAAACGAGACAAUCAAAACUUUUAUUUUGUGUUUUACUGGGAGGAAAAACGUGAACAAAGCCUUAAAAUUGGAAACGAUCAGGGUUUUUGAGAGGAAGCAGAAGCCUACAAAUCAUAUCUCAGGUUCGACCUCUGAAUCAGAACAAUACGAUUAAAUAAUGGUGUUAAAGCCGCGCUGUGUGAAGAGUUUCCUUCCAAAAAUAAUUUGAUGUAUUUUUCGGCCUCCGUGAUCACUGAAUCCAGAAAUGUGUGUAAAUGUUUUUGGAACAAACUCUUCAGCUGAAAUUAUGCAAACACGUUGUUUUGUUCAGCAUCAACACGCAGACUGUUCACAACGUUUAUUUUGCUGUGUGUGUGUGUUUGUGCGUAAAGGCCUGAAUGAGCGUAAAAGCUCCUGCGCAUGUGCGCUCAGAGCCGCCGCACAGCCCCUCUUCUUCUUCUUUUAACUUUCUCUGCCGUCUUCUCGCUUUUUUUCUGGCCCGCUGACCCGCUCUGGUUCCUGGAGAACAUUUUUAAGUGACCCGCGGAGGCUCGAGGCCUCUGUGCUGCUGCUGGGACUAUUUUCUUUCCUUUUAAGGGGCUCCAACAAGCAUCAGGCCCUCACACACACACACACACACACACACACACACACAUAAAGGCAUAUUUACAUGUAGCUUUGGUCAUAUGAAAAACUUUUAUCACCAGAUGUUUUUCUUUUCUAAUGUUUUUUUUCUUUUUGAUUAGAGAAGAGUUUAAAAUAAUGAAAUGAACAAAAACCAGAGCGUCCUCACAGCCAUGGAGUCACUUUAUGUUACCUUUAGGAGACAGCCAUUAAAAAAACGAAUAAUUUAAUAGUCAGAGGAGUCGGAGGCGUGGGGAGAGUUAAAAACGUGCAUGACAAUCAAUGAACCUGGAGAUGCUUCAGGCCAACUGAAAUCAUAUAUAUGCAACUUAUUUUUUAAAAAUAUUCUGAGGAGAAAUAAAGUCCACAGAAAGUUUGUCAUGUGGAAAAUGUUGGUCAGCUGACCUCAGCAGGAAGGGAGGGGCAGAUAUUUAACAUUUAAGAUGACACGCACACGCACGCACACACACUACAGGGAGGCUUUCGUGAAAAUAAAAGCUGAUGUGGAAAAUAAAUGUAAAAAACUUUAUAUAUUAAAAUCCAGGGUUUUGCACAUUUUUGUUAUUUGGAAAAAUAUUUUAAAAGUAUUUUUUGUGACUUUAGUCGAACACGUGGUCCAAAAUGUUACUCUUUAUGUCUUUAUUUUAUUUUUUUAAAGCUAAUGUGUUUCCACCGGAGCCACGUGGACGUAUUAUUAUAUACAGAUAUGAUUUUAGUCAGUUUCCUCAGUAAAAAUGUUUCUGAAAUAUUUUAGCUCAAAAAAUAAAACAACGUAAACCAACAAAAGGAAAAAAGGAGCGAGUUCGACACUUUUAAACAUUUUUAAUCAGCAGAAAUUAUUUUUAAUCUAACCGCCGAUUCGUUAGCGUUUGACAAUCAGUCCCGAUCACUGUGGUAUUGAUCCUCAGAUCUCAGGUGGAUCCAAGUAAAAGCAGCUUUUCAAAAAUAAAAUGCAACAAAAUGCUUGUGAUCAUUUUAAAAGUCGAAUAAACGUGGAGCUAAUUUCAGAAAAGAGAGAAAAAAGGAAAUAAAUCAGGUGAGAACAGGAAACAGGAAUCAAACAUAUGGAUCAUAAUGUUUCACAUCUUUUAUUGUAAAAUAAACAGAAUUUACUGUGACUGAGCUGCAGGUCGGAUCCUUCAAACAGCUGAGCGCGCGCACAGGAAACAGGAAGCCCCCCCCCACACACACACACACAUCGCCAACUUUGUUUUUUAUUGUUACUUUUUACAAACAUACAAACUUAUGUAACCUCGGUGAAAUAAAAGCCUCCUGCAGCUCAGAAGACGCUGACCUUCACACACACACACACACACACACACACACACACACACACACACACACACACACACACACACACACACUGCAGGUCUGUCUGUGGGGAAACUUUGGGGGAAACUGUCGGCUCGGUUUUUCUGUCACUUUUCCGGGUUUGUAAAAACUGUUUUUGAUUUUUGGGGAUUUGUUUGGUUUUUAUUCUUUUUUUGCACUUUUGUAGUUAGACAUCACUCAGUUGUACAAAGUCUGUAACGUCUGUUUCUUUGCUGUCUGUGUUUUAUUUUUCCAGAGAAACUAAACUUGAUUAAAAAGGAUGAAAUAA